CAGGAAAUUCUCCACAGGAUUCCAGGCUCUGCCUUCCUCUCCUUCCAUAACUUCUCUGGUUGUGGGGCCAGGAGGCAGAGCGGGAGGGCAAGAUUUGAGGUUGGGAUUUGAUGCUUGCUUGCUCCUGGGCAUCUUUUGACUACAGGGUCAUUUUUCAGCAUUUCCAGGAGGGUAGGAAAUUCCAGACAGGGUCCCCAAGAGGACUUAAUAGCAGUACCCUGGACCACUCGCUCUGAGACUUGAAGCUGCCUGUGUUGAUCUAGACUUUCACAAACACCAUGGCCUGGACCCCUGCAUCUCUGCUCCUUGCUACCAUCAUUCUCAGCAGCCUCUCUAGUCUGGGCUUUGGGGGGCGACCAAUGGCCAAAUUGGCAUCCAGGAAGCUGUGUGCAGACGAAGAGUGCAGCUACCCCAUCUCUCAGGCCAUUGCCCUACAAGACUAUUCAGCCCCAGACUGCCGCUUUCUAUCCGUGCAACAGGGCCAAGUCGUCUUUGUCUACUCUAAGCUGAUGGGCCGAGGUCGCCUCUUCUGGGGAGGCACUGUUCAGGGGGAGUACUAUGGGUCCCAGCCUGCCCACUUGGGCUACUUCCCAAGCAGCAUUCUCCGGGAGGACCAUGUCCUGAAACCAGGAAAGGUGGAGGUGAAGACGGACAAGUGGGACUUUUACUGCCAGUGAGUCCAGGCUGCUCCUGCCUUUGCCUCUGCCCAGCUGGAGAAGCAGUUGUUGGCUCCGAGCCCUAGGACGGUUGCUGCCUAUUCUCUCCGCUGUACCCCUUGCCCAGCUUUAUGUC